AUGUUCCUCUUUAUCCUCACUGAACCAUUCAGUAAGCCUCUACCUGCACCAAUUGCCUUGUUGAUCCAUCUCUGCUCUGAGUCUCCUAAUCUUUCCAGAAUGAUGAAGGCACUCCUGAGCGCAAGCCUCCUCUUGGUCCUGCUUUCUCCAGGGGGACAUCGAGUGCAACUUUUGAAUAAAUGCACGACAUCCGACAGUUGUUUCUCAGGCAAUUACAGCUUUACUGCAGGGGAUGGUAAAUUCUUUGAGAUGAAGAAGCACUGCUGCAACACUGAACUGUGUAACAAUGCAACUCUCAGCCUUCCUGAUCGCAACGUGCUGGCUGAAAAUGGCCUGAAGUGCCCAACCUGCUUCUCCAAAGGAGCCACACAGUGUAAAAGUGAGAAGACCAUCAACUGCCUUGAGAAUGAGACCCAGUGUGUUGUUUUUAAAGGAUCUCUUUUUAGAGAAGGAGUAUUCCCCUUGGCUGGGGAGGGCAGGCCCCCAUUCAUCUCCACGAUUUCACGUUCCAAGGCUGUGGAACAACAGAUUUUUGUGUCAUCCACAGAAGAAAACUUGGAUCUGGGGGAUAUGCCCUUUUUAUUACCGAAAAAAGAUGUUAUAAUGCUUCAGGAAUCUCACACCAGCCUGAACAUGAAGGGUAAAUAG